AUGGGCGGUCGGCGUGGCCCCUACUCACCGGCCAGCUCUGCUCUGCAGCCCGCAACCGCCGCGGCUUGCGGGCUCGCUCCCGGACUCCCCGAGGGGGCCCCCGCCACCAAGCGGCGCCCCAGAGGCGCCGGCAGGGGGCGUGAGCGAGCAGCGCGGGGCAGCCUGGGAGAUGUGGUCCCGCGGCCCUGCGCCGUCUCCCGCCUGCGCAGUGCCCGGGCCGCCCGGCGUGGUACCUGUAUCCCCAAGCUCUGUGCCCGGGCCGCCCAGCGCGGUACUUGGACCGCCAAGCUCGGGUGGUUCCCUGACACGCCCUCCCUCUCGGUGCAGCCAGGCCCCGUGGUGGCCUCAGGAGAGAACGUGACCCUGCUGUGUCAGUCACUGAGCACAAGGGAUACUUUCCUUCUGUCCAAGGAGGGGGCAGCCCGGCCCCCACUGCGUCUUAGAUCAAAGUACCGAGGUGGGCAUUACCAGGCCGAAUUCUCCAUGAGUCCCGUGACCUCAGCCCACAGUGGGACCUACAGGUGCUACAGCUCACUCAGCAGUAACCCCUACCUGCUGUCACACGCCAGUGCCCCCCUGGAGCUCACGGUCUCAGCCUCAGCCGCUGACCUUGCUGAGAACCGGACGCAUCCAAGGGGGAACUUCCACAUCCCGCACAUCUCUGUACACCUGCGUCCAGACAGGCCUCCCCACCGCUGGCUCUGCUGCCAGCUCUGCACGGACUCCGAACGGCUUCGCGCAGGGGUAACGGGACAGCACCUCACCUCCCGCCCCGCGCUGUGCCUCCCUCCCCGGCUCCGGGGCUCCCAUACUGACCGCGCCCUGAGGAGCAGGGGCAGCAUCCGGGGUUUCACCGGCCACAGACCCCAGAGCGUGGUCCCCCUGAGCCAGGCUGGUGUCAGCGCACUGCUGACCCGGGGAAGCCGCUCGGACCCGCUGCAGCCUCCACCGUCGCGGGGACCGCGGAGCAGCACAGAGCAGGUGGUGCCCGGAGUCCGCAUCCCGGGACCUGGCCCGCAUCUCGAGGCCCGCUCCGGGGUCCGCUCGCUGGGAGAGCGGGGGUGCGGCCGCUCUGGCCGCCAGUGCUCUGGCCGCCAGUGCCCUGGCCACACUUGGCCGUGGCAGGGGGCCCGCUUCCGGGAGUGUUGGCUCGGCUCGGGCAGCGCCCGCGCAGUCCCAGCCCGCGAGAGACACGGGAUCCUGGGCCGAGCGCAGGCUGCGCGCGCGCGUCACGUGGGCGGCGCGGGCGCGCCCCGCCGCGGGAGGGGGCGGGGUCGGCGCGCGGCCUCCCGUGAAGCCCCGCGCGGGGAAGGACCGGAACUCCGGGCGGGCGGCUUGUUGUUAACAUGGCGGCGGGAGCUACCGGCACGUCUCCAGGAGGCGGCGGGGCCCACACCCGGAAGACGGGUCUCUUUUCGGCCUAGCGCGGCGGCCGCUGCGGACCCGGAAGUCCGGGCCGGUUGCUGA